CACAAGUGGGUAAAUUGACUUUUGCGCCAUUAUGGGUUUGAUAUUUACAAAACUUUACCAAAGACUAUUUGGAAAACGUGAACUUCGUAUUCUCAUGGUAGGUCUGGAUGCAGCUGGUAAGACAACUAUUUUGUAUAAGCUCAAGUUGGGUGAAAUCGUCACAACGGUUCCAACGAUUGGAUUUAACGUAGAAACAGUUGCAUAUAAGAAUAUAAAUUUUACAGUAUGGGACGUUGGUGGUCAAGACAAGAUUCGACCUCUUUGGAGACACUAUUUUCAAAAUACGCAAGCGCUUAUUUUCGUUAUAGACAGUAACGACCGUGAAAGAAUUUUGGAAGCAAGAGACGAACUACGGAAGAUGUUGGCAGAAGACGAAAUGAGGUCUGCAAUAUUGUUGGUCUUUGCCAAUAAGCAGGAUUUACCCAACGCCAUGGCAGCAAAUGAAGUUAUAGAAAAAUUGGGGUUGAGUUCUUUGAACCGAAAAUGGAAGGUUCAAGCUUCUUGUGCUACAAGUGGUCAAGGGCUAUGGGAAGGACUGGAUUGGUUGAGUCAGAAUAUAGCACCUUGAGAGACAGAACUGAGGAUAGUAUUACUAGCAAGCUGAUG